AUGACUUCUGCUGGACCAGUUUGUGCUUUAUGUAAACAAUUAGGUCACAGCAGAAGAUCAAAUUUAUCCUGCCCUUUGAACCCAAGAAACAAAACUCUCUUGAUCCCCCAAAAGAGAACCAGCGAUAAUCUCUCUACCCAAGAAGAAUAUCAGACAGAGAGUACUGGUGCUUCGAGACCAAGGGUAGAAACUGUUCAGAAUCCUAUGAUUCUUACCAUAGCAGAAAUCAUUGCUCUCUCCCAUGCUGACCAAUAUCCUGCAGAGAGUAGCCGAGAUCUAACUGCUGCUUUUGAGGCUUUGCAAGUUUCUGCUGUUGAGAGAGUCUUGGAUUUGACAACCACCACUGCCAUUGCCACUGCCACUGUUAUUCCCUGCUGUAAUGGAAUUGGCCACCUACGGAGUAACAGCUUGCAGUGUCCUAACAACAGAUGGCACCACACUUUUGUCUCUGGCCAGUUAGCUGUCACUCAUAACAUGGCCCGAUGUACUACCACCCCAUUACCUCCAACUGACAACAGAGGUGCCAUUGAUGUACAAUGCAAAUUCUGUGGAGCUCUAAUGUGGAUUCAUAAGAAAAACUACACGUCCAAGGCAAACAACAUCAUGUUCUCCAUGUGCUGCAGACUUGGGACUAUCAUUCUUCCUCCCUUUGAACCCACCCCUCCUGGAAUCGCAGAACUUUUGGUACAUAACACUCCUGCUAGAAAAGAUUUCUUCAAAAAGAUCAGACGGUACAACAGCACUAUGAGUUUCACUUUCAUGGGAGUCAACAUUGAUCAGUCUGUUGCCAGCAAUAUCAGUGGUGUAUACAACUUCCGGAUCCAUGAGACCAUCUGCUACAAGAUUGGGUCAGUCCUUCCAACGACCCAGGCCCAGAUGGAUCAGCCCAAGUUUGCCCAGGUUUAUAUAUUUGAUCCAGCAUCUCAGGUCAACCAUAGACAUCGCAAUGCCCUGGAAUUAGACAGGGUAAUCUUGGAAAAGAUUCAGGCCGUUCUCAUGGAGGUUAAUCCAUUUGUUUCCCUCUUCCAUUCUAUGCAUCAAGUCGCAUGGGAUAAUGAUGGAACAGCCAAUAUGACGUUUUGCCUGGCAGAGUCUGGCUCAGCAGACCAGCGAUAG